AUUAUUUUAAAGAAAUUGAUAUCGAUAAUGUCUAUUGAAAUUUUAGAUGAUUCCUGUUUAUUCAGAAUAUUUCGUGAAAUCAAAGAUAAACAAACUUUGAUUAUCUGCUCACAAGUCAAUCGGAGAUGGCAUUCAUUAAUCUUUCCAGAUACAACACCUAAAAAGAGAUUUAAUUCAGGGAAAAUUCGAAAAGGAUUAAAAUCGGAUGUUCCGAUCCAAACAAUCGCUCUCGAUGGUUGGGAAAUAGUUUCAGCACCCUAUGACAGUCAGUUUCAACCUGACUUUUUUACUAAACAUGGCAGAAAGAUGAAACAACUUUACAUUGCAGAUAUGUCAUUAGACGAUUUCAAGAAAUAUGUAAAAUAUCUUCCAAGAUUAGAACGAUUGCAUCUGUCAAGUUAUUAUGGUGGCUCAAAGCCAAGUGCGUAUUAUGAUGGACCUAAACUUGAAAGGCUAGAAAUACUUGAAAUAUGUACAAGACCUAAAAAUUUGGAACCGUACCGAGGGUUGAGUUUGAUGGAUCGAUGUCCCUAUCUGAAAAGCGCUUUUCAUAAAAUCAAUGGUGAAGAUUUUUUCGUUGACACACAAGUGAAAAAUUACCAUUUAGAGGAUUUGGUCAUUGAAAAUGUAACUAUGGGUUCUGAGUGGACAAUUCAAACUAAUGACGGAUAAUCAUUGUGUUUUUAAUAAUAACAUAUCAAUGAGUGUAUCAAAUGUGAAUAUUCACAAUUGGGUUUGUUUUUUCACAGAUAUACAACACUGGAUUAGUAGUUAAUUGGCCAACAUUGAAAAAGAUUUUACGAAAAUGUCCUAAUUUAAAGCAUCUGGCUAUAAGACAUUUAUGCGAUACUGAUAUUGAAGACGAAAAUAUACCAGAAAUGCUGGAACUAUUACCGAAAGUCGUUCUAAUUGAUUUACGAGUGUCUCCUGGUGUUACAUACAUAUCUGCUGAAUAUGUAGAUGAAUAUUGUAAACUUCAUAAUCGUUCAAUAUCAUUUUAUUAUGCUAGGGAACACGAACGCGACAUCAGAGUUGAUUGGCCUCAAUUAUCAAAUAGAAAAUUCAAUAAAUUGCAAUGUCCUGGCUACAGCUUCAUGAAGCAUUGUUUUCUCAAACCAUUCAACGAACUACCUAGAGUAAUGGACCCAAUCUUCUUAUUACCUUUACUCGAAGAUGAUAUUCGCAAUAAUAAGUCGAAACCUGAUGUUCAAGAAGAAGAUUUAGAUCCAGACACAGAGGACUCUUUGGAUUUAGGUAUUAUAUUUGACUAAACGGAACUCACAAACAUUUAAAUUAAGUAGACUUAAAAAUAAUCAUUUUAAAAGAUUUACAAUCAACAAUAUUUUUUACCUUUCGUAUUAUGGAAGGAUUGCAAUCCAAAUAUAAAUACCGAUAUCCAAAAACUGGAUACAAAAAGCAAAUCCAUUCCAGUUUAAAUGAUUAACAGUAAAAUCUGUUUAAGCGAUUAUCUCGAGCACUAUUCCAAUAAUUUCUUGUUUAAACGUGUUUUAAUAACAACUAACCAAUUUUGUGUAUUUAUUUUUAACUAUUAAAUAAUGUUGUGUUUUCAUUGAGUCAAAAAGCAAUUUUAACGUUUAAUUCGGUCCGAAUGAAUAAAAUUCACAAAUCGUCUUAAUCAUGUUUAAUCUGAUCUCAUUUUUCUCGAUUCUUGACAAAAAUCCAUGAUAAAUAUUAUCAGCAAUCUGUUCUCGACUCACUCACCUGCUCAGCUGGUUGAAGAGUAUCACUCCCUCGUCAAAUUCAAUAACAAAUAAACACGGUGAAUUAUCACAACCUUUACUUGAAUUUUAAGCUAUUUUUUAGUGCAAAUGUAUUAAAAUUAUUUUUUAUAGAUAGUUGAUAUCGAUAAUGUCUAUUGAAAUUUUAGAUGAUUCCUGUUUAUUCAGAAUAUUUCGUGAAAUCAAAGAUGAACAAACUUUGAUUAUCUGCUCACAAGUUAAUCGAAGAUGGCAUUCAUUAGUCUUUCCAGAUACAUCACCUGAAAAGAGAUUUGAAUCAGGGAAAAUUGGUGACUUAAGUGGUUGGAAGCAAAUAAUCGCUCUCGACGAUUGGCAAAUAGUUUCCGUUAUCUGUGAACUAGAGCCUGACUAUUUAAUUCAACAUGGCAGAAAGAUGAAACAACUUUACAUUCCAAAUAUGUCAUUAGACGAUUUUAAAAAAUAUGUGAAAUAUCUUCCAAGAUUGGAAAGAUUACAUCUGUCAAGUGGCGGUGACUUUGAGCCAAGUGAACGUUAUGAUGGGCCUAAACUUGAAAGGCUGGAAAUACUUGAAAUAUGUACAAGCGCUCAUGGUAAUGAACCGUACAGAGGGUUGAGUUUAAUGGAUCGAUGUCCCUAUCUGAAGAGCGCUUUCCAUUGUAUCGACAAGGAAGACUUUUUCGUUGACACACAAGUGACAAAUUAUUAUUUACAGGAUUUGGUCAUUGAAAGUGAUUAUGAAGCAGUUACUUGGCCAACUUUAAAAAAGAUUUUACGGAAAUGUCCUAAUUUAAAGCAUCUGGCUAUAAGACAUUCGUACGACACUGAUAUUGAAGAUGAAAAUAUUCCAGAAAUGCUGCAACUAUUACCGAAAGUGGUUCUAAUUGAUUUACGAGUGGCUCCUGGUGUUACUUACAUAUCUGCUGAUUAUGUAGAUGAAUAUUGUAAACUUCAUAAUCGUUCAAUAUCAUUUUAUUAUACAAAGGAACACGAACAAGACAUUCAAGUUGAUUGGCCUCAAUUAUCAAAUAAGAAUGCCAAAAGCUGUCCUGGCUACAGCUUCAUGAAGCAUUGUUUUCUUAAAUCAUUCAACAAAUUACCUAAAAUAAUGGAACCAAUCUUCUUAUUACCUUUACUCGAAGAUGAUGUUUCCAAUAAUAAACCGAAACCUGAACAAAAUCUAGAUCCAGACAAAGAGGAGGAUAACCCUUUGGAUUUAGAUCAGUUCGUCUAUAGUCAGAACUUCCGCUUUCUAAGACCGUGGAAGUGAGAGAACUGAAACUUAUUAUUCAACGAUAAAAAUUGUUGGUAAAUAUCAACGAAUGAACACUUUUUUCAUCAACAGUUCUCUU